AUGCAGAUGGCUGCUAGUGCUGAAUGGCCUGAUGAGAGAAAUAGGAUUGUUUGUGAAAUCUUUGCUGACGAAGUUAGGAAUGGAAAUUGUUCAAGUACCCACUUGAACAAAGUAGGCUACGAUAACGUUAUUGCCAAAUUUGAAGAGAGGACUGGCAUACGUUACACAAAGCUGCAAUUUAAGAAUAAAUGGGAUAAGUUGAAGAGGGAGUAUAGUGCAUGGAAGCUAUUGUUGAAACAAACUGGAUUAGGCUGGGAUGAAGCAAAGGGUACUGUCACUACUUCAAUUGAAAGGUGGAAGCAGUUAAAGAAAGAUGUUAAAGGAAGUAGCAAGUUUGAACAUCGAGGACUUCAAAAUGAAGAUAAAAUGAAGAUUAUGUUUGAAGACCUUCGAAAUACUGGUGAAGACCAUUGGGAUGGUUCAUCAGGUGCUGCUCCUACUAGUCCUCGUGGCUCCAAUGAUUAG